AUGGCGAGUUUCAUUGCAGUUGGUCAUUCUGUUGAGUGGUUGAACGAGGUGGAAGAACGUCGUAUCCAAGUUCUUAUGCUGAUGUUGUCACUGAGGCGUCUCAGUCGAGUGCAGAAGGUUCGAAUGCGUGAUUCCCGCGAGAAGACUGCUGAAGCUCGUCAGAGCGUUGACGGCGUGACAUUGCAGCUGCAGAAUCUUCUCUAUGAAGUGGCCCAUCUGAAGAAGGAAGUGAGACGGUGCCUGGACUUCCAGUCAGCUGACCAGGAGAUUGAUCUUGUGCCUGUAGAGCAGUUCUACGUGGAAGCUCCGGAGUCCAUCAGUCGUCCAGCUGAGACUGUGGAAAAUCCUCACGAACAGCGGUUGGCUCGCCUGCAGUGGGAACUGGAGCAGCGCCGGGACCAGACGCAGCUCUUUGAUAAACUCACUCAAGAGAAAGAGGCAGUUGCUGAAAAUAUCAAUGAGCAAGAGCGAAAGUUGGCAUCACUGGCACCGAGGAUUAACUCAAUUUUGGAGGCUACUCGUCCUCUUCAAGAUGCUCUGGACUUGCCCAUUGAUGCCAAGAGAGAUCAGCAGAGGAUUGUUCAACUGCUGCCCAGUCCACUCUACACACUCUGGGUUCAGGCAUCUGCCUAUGGAGAAGCAUUUGAUGCUAACAUAAAAGUUGAAGUGUUUGGUGAUGUUGACGCUGCCAAGAAACUCAUUGCUAAGGAAGAAGAUUCCCGAACUGAAAACCUUUCUGAAUCUGAUAAUGACCAGGAUCAACAGGAGGAGAAUCUGUCUCGUAAGAAGCGCAAUCGCAAAGCCCAGAAAAUGGACACAGAAGAAAUAGACGAUGGAGUGAAGCAAAUGCUGGGACUACAUCCACUUUGUGUUAAGAUCAAUGUCAGCACUAAAGAAGGAAACAGCGUGUGCGUUUCAUUUUUCUACAUGCAGACAUUGCGUAUAGUGACAGCCAAGUGCUCAGUUCAUCUCCAUGAGAAGACCAAGUCUGCCAUAACAGAUGUGAUCAGUGGAGAUACUCUCUUGAACUGUCUCUUACCUGACGAUGAUGGACAGACAUCGCCCAAUCCUGCCAACUUUUUCCAGCUGAACCGUCUACGCAUCAACCUCUGUGACCACCUCAGUGCCACUGGUAGACCAUACAAGUGGGCACAGACACUGGCAGGCUUGUCAUUCUCAAGUUCUAAACAGUCUGCAGGUACUGGAGAAGAAACUCAAGAGAUGUGUGCUGUUGGUGGUGGAAGCAGUGUUGGUGAGGUGGCAGAGGUAGUAACCUGGCAGGAUAGUGCUGAACAGAUGCCUCACACCAUACAGGCAAUCCGCCGGAGGCUACAAGCCAGACUUGCUCUGCAUGCUCAACUUGUCAACUUGGAAACUGCUAAUUCAACCAGUUCGAUUGCAAUACCUGCUGAACUGCUGCGUCAACACUUCCCAGGGAAGGUGUGCUCUGAGUUGAAGUCCUGGCGCCCCAUCACCUGGGCAGAUUACGAGGCAGCCCCAUCCACUCGCUCACUUUGUGAAGCUCAGAUAGUCUCGCCACAACAUUUAUUGUUCAAGGCUAUAUUUGAUCGCAAACAUGUGCGUCUAGAAGCAAUGGUGGCAGUUUCCCCGGAUCAUCCGAGUACAGUUCCAGUGGUGGCACUGUCACUUCACUGGGAGGGUCAACACCAGACAACUAACAACCCACAGCUCAGGCAUAUGGAAAAAGAAGUAAAUGUACAUUGGGAUGAGUUAGUUUCAUCACGUAGUGAUCGCCUUCACCUGCUCCCCUUGAUCUUAUACCCUGCGGUGUGUUUAGAUGUUUAUACCGAGGCUUACAGUGCUCAUGCUGAUGCCAGAGGUCCUGAUGCUCAAUUCCAUAAGGAGAAAAUAUUUUUUAGACCUGCAAGAGGUCCAGACCGAGCAUUCCCUUUUAAGUACCAUCCAAAACUGGGGGUCUUCUCUCAGCGUUAAUGGAAGUUCUGUCUUUUUUAUACAUAUAAAUAUUGCUUUAUUAAUAAAAAUGUAUGUUUUUUUUUUUAUUUCUGUAAUAAAUAUAGUUUAAAAUUA